GGUUAACUUCAGUAUUUACCAAAGUGACACCACAAGAAACCAGGGUCAGAUUCAAACAUCAGUAUUAUCACAUCAGAUAGACUCAAUCUGAACCUGUAUGCUCACAGGCAGAGGCUCAACUGUCUCUCAGGGAGAAGAAGAAGUGAUAAAAAUAUGUCAGUACUUAACUGACAAAAUAUUUUUAAUCUUGUUUUAAUUUAGUGCUCGUGGAUCUCUGUAUAUUUUCUACAUGUGCAUCACUUCCUGUGAGAGCAGCAGAGAUUUACAUAAGUACUGUGUAUUUUUUUUAAAGGCUGUAUUGUGUGGAGCGGGUGAGACGUGAAACCAGUCCUACAGGGCCGUUGAGUGUUGUGUCCUUGUAUUGUCUUUCCAGUUUCACUGCCUGCAGAUUUGCCUGGUGACUCAGUGGAAGUGUCGAUAGCUGUUAAAAGUUUUUUUUUUUCACUUUGUAAGUUUCUACUUUUGAUAAAAUAUUUAUAAGCAGACUUCACGUCCGUGGAAUUUUACUGAUUGACAGUUUUUAAUAAACGCUUCACUGAUCUUUGAGGUUUUUUUCAGCGUGCGCUUUUACGCAUUUAAUCUGAGGUCGGAGCGAUUUUACGCACAAGAGAAACGGCUUCAUCUGUUAGUCACCUUUGUUUGGAAAAAAGAAAAGAAAGAAAUACAUUACGUUGACAUGCGCGCGGCGCGUCUGACGCACCUGAAGUUAUAACGAGGCACAGGUGAGGAGCUGAAACCCGGAGCGGGACCAGCGUGGAUCCAUACAUCUGAGCUGUUGUUCGUGUGAACUAAAGUCACUAAAAUGAGUAAAACAAAGAACAAAAGUGACAAUAAGACGGAAAAAGCUUUGGCUGCGGAGAAGGAACAGUUUGGAAAACAACAGCUGCAGAGCAUCAGCAAAACUCUCACCUCAGCCGAAACACCGCCCAAAGAGAAAUAUGUGCGCAAUAUCAUCAUGGGAAGUCAUAAGGAGGGUGGAGCCACCACCUUCUGGUCCUACACCCUGAACCUUCCUCUGUCCAGCAACUCCAUGAUCAGCUGGAAGUUCUGUUACCUGCUGCACAAAGUGCUCAGGGACGGACACAAAAACGCUGUCAGAGACUCUUACACACACUGUCGCAGUGUGAAAGAUAUGGGGAUUCUCUGGGGAAAUUUGCAUGAUCGAUAUGGCCACAUUGUCGCCUUGUCAGCCAAAUUCCUCUGCCUGAAAAUGGAAUUUCAUACGAAGCACAAGGUGAUUCCAGGAAACCUGGAAGCCAGUGAUGAGACCUUGGAGAAGGAAGCAGGAACUGACAUGACCAAAGUGUUGGAUAUGACACAGGAGCUGCUGGAUUACUUGGAUGCUGGGCUGAAGAUGGCUGAGACAGUUCUGCGUCAGUUGGACGCCAACAGCGCCAAGUCCACCACUCCAGCUGGACAGUGCAGACUGACCCCUCUGAUCCCCCUCAUUCUGGACUGCAGCUUCCUCUAUCACUUCUCUGUCCGGCUGAUGUUCAAACUUCACAGCCGCAUCGCUCCGGAUGUUCUUCUUGGACAUCGAGAGCGGUUCCGUGAUCUGUUCAUGAGCCUCACACAGUUCUUCGACAGAGCCAGAGAAAUGGAGUUCUUCAAAAGUGUCAUCCAGAUCCCAGAUCUCCCAGAUGCUCCUCCAAACUUCCUCCGCGCCGCUGCCUUGGCUGAGUAUAAAAAGCCGGUGGUGGUGAUGCCCAACGAGGAGCGUCAGGAGGAGGAGGAGGUGGAGCCGCAACCGGAGUUUAGGGAAGCGCCACAGAUGCCGCAGUACUAUUUGCUCAGCCAGAUGGGAGCACCUGAUGCUUCACUGGAGCAGAGAGACACAGAGAAUGAGAGUCUGAGGAGGGAGCUGGAGGUGAUCAAACCAGAGCUACAGCUCAUCAAGAAUGAGGCUCAGAGGUGCGUAACUGAGUUAAAGGCUCAGGUGAAUCGUUUGGAAGCGGAGGUCGAGGAGCAGCGCACCCACAAACAGAUGGCGAUGGUGGAAAACGAACACCUGCGGAUGGAAGUGGAGGCUCUACGGUGCACGAAUGUCGCCAACGUCGGCGCACAGAUCGGAUUUAAGGAGGCAGACAGUAGAGCUCAGGCAGCAGAAAGUCGUUUCACUCAGCUCAAAGAGAGACAUGCAGAGCUGGUGACCAGUCAUGCCGACCUAAUGAAGAAGAACGCAGAAACAGUGAAGCUGCUGUCCAAUACGAAACAAGACCAGGACGAUUUGCUGAGAACAAAGACACAGCUCGAAAGUGAGCUGGAAAAUCUCCAACAGGAGAAAAGAAACAUGAUGAAUCAGCAGCAGCUGGAGGCCGAGCGGCUGAACAAAGAGCUGCUGGAGCAAAGAGCAGAGCUGGCCCUCCUCCGCGGCACCCUGGAAAAUAAAGGGAAGGAGGGCUCUCAGGUGAGCGGCAGCCUGGCAGCUCUGCAGGCGGAGCGCGAUGUGCUGCUGCGGUCGGCCAGAGAGAAGGACGCAGAGCUGUCCUCUGUGAGGCAACAGGCACAGCAGCAGCAGAGCUCCCUGGACCUGGAGAGAGACAGGAACAACAGGGAGCUGGAGGCUCUGAGGGCUCAGCUACAGCAGCAGCUCGCCAUCAACGCAGAGCAGAAGUUAGAGAUCGACCGGCUGAGACGAGAGCUGGACUCUACCCGAGCUGAACUGGCACGUGCGACCAGCGCCCUGCAGAGCAAGGAAAUGAGUGGUACCCAGCUGACCAGUACGCUAGCAGGGCUGCACGCGGAGAAGGAGGUGCUGCUCCGGUCGGUGAGGGAGCAGGAAGCGGAGCUGAACUCCCUCAGACAACAAGCUCAGCUCCACCACAGCUCCCUGGAGCAGGAGAGGCAGAGGAGCAGCAUGGAGCUGGGAAGCUUGCACGCCCAGUUACAGCAGCAGGCCUGUCGUGAAGGCGAGCUGACCCACAAGCUGCAGGAGGAGCAGUUCUGUCUGCUGCAGUGUGCUGUGGUGGAGGCCGAGGGCAUCAUACUGGACGCUGUGGCCAAACUGGAUGACCCCAUACACCUCCGCUGCAUCAGCUCGCCUGAUUACCUGGUGAACCGAGCAGAGAUCACUCUGGGUUCGAUAGACAAAAUGCAGCACAGUCACCUGGUCUACCUGGGGAACAGGAAUGACGCCAGUGGUUUGUUGAGAGCGGUCACACAGUUUUCUCACCUCGCUGCCGACACGAUAGUCAACGGAGCAGCGACGUCGCACUCGGCUCCCACCGACCAGGCUGACCGGUUAACCGACGGCUGCCGGGACUGUGCCAAUCACUGCCUCCAGUUCCUGAAGGAUCUGAAGCUUCAGGCCAGUUUACAGAGAGCAGACCCGUCCGCCAUACGCUACACCGUCCAACGCAUCCUCGCCAUGGGACAGGAUUUGCGUCCGAAAGGGCAGGAUGUGCUAAAAGAAGAGCUGGGGAGCAUGGUGGAUAAAGAGAUGGUCGCUACAUCGACGGCCAUCGAGGAGGCCGUGCUGCGAAUGGACGAAAUAAUGAAUCAGGCAAAGAGAGACACCACCGGUAUAAAGCUGGAGGUCAAUCAGAGUAUCCUGGGAUCCUGCUCAGACCUGAUGAAGGCUGUUCAUAUGCUGGUGACAGCUGCCACUGACUUACAGAAAGACAUUGUGGAAGGAGGCAGGGGAGCGGCGUCUGUUACUGAGUUUUAUGCCAAAAACUCUCGUUGGACCGAAGGACUCAUCUCGGCCUCGAAGGCUGUGGGCUGGGGCGCUACACAGCUGCUAGACUCGGCUGACAGGGUCGUGGGUGAAAGCGGUACGUACGAGGAGCUCAUCGCCUGCUCACAUGAGAUCGCUGCAAGCACUGCUCAGCUGGUUGCUGCCUCCAAGGUGAAGGCCGAUCGUAACAACAAGAAGCUGUACACGCUGCAGCAGGCCUCGCGACAUGUAAACGACAUGGCCGCCGUGGUCGUCACCUCCACCAAACACGGGCAGCAGCAGAUCUCUGACCGAGGUGUGAUGGACUUCUCUGGCAUGUCUCUGAUCAAGCUGAAAAAGGAGGAAAUGGAAGCUCAGGUGAAGGUGCUGCAGCUGGAGAGUCAGCUGGAGCAGGAGCGAGUCCGCCUGGGGGAGCUGAGAAAGAGGCACUAUGAUCUCGGCGUCUCUGGGACCGGCACCGACGCAGAGGACGCACCUGACGAAUUCCCGCCGCCGCCGCCGCCCACUCUGCUCGACUCCACGCCACUGCCUCAGUCCUUUUCACAAACUCAGCCUUACUUACACACUCAGAGCUUUUCACAAACCAAUCCAUUCGCUCCGGCUCAGACGCAGUCCUUCUCCCUGCCUCAGUCCUACACACCAGCAAACACCUACUCACAGGCCCAAACCUACACACCCUCUCAGCCCUACAUCCCAGCUCAGCCUUUCACACCAAACCCAGCUCAAAGUUACUUAAAACCUUCGUCUUAUUCACUGUCACAACCCUCGUCACACACAUCCAGCUUCUCCCAGCCUCAGACACCCGCUCAGCCUCAGACGACCCCUCAAAACAACACUGAGACCAAACCGGCCUCAAGGAGAUCCAACAUCUUCGUCAAAUCUGGAAACUUGCUGAAGAACGCGUUCAAACGAGGUGAAACAGGAACAGGAGAGUCCUGACGCUCGACUGAAAAAGGAAGCAUGAGGAUUUUACUCUUUACCACAACUGAUUCAUGAUUAAAUUUCCUUUUAAUAUGUUUAACUUAAUUUUAUCUUUGAUUAUGUAAAACAAUUACAGGAGUCUAAAAGCAGCACAACUGUUUGUGUGCAAAUGAAUCUUAUCUUUGUGAUCAUAGUGAAGCCUGUUUUCUUUUCCUAAUUGAUAUUACAUACAUAAGUAAAAGAUGAAUCCCUGCACUUUGUCAACACAGUAUUUUUUUAACAAUACAACAUUUAUGGGCUUCAUGAGUUUAGAACACGUGUAAACAGCUGUAAACGCUCCUGUGGAUGAUUUUUAAAAGCAUAUAAACACUUAAUAAGCGUUUUGCAAAACAAAUAUAUCGUUAAAUAUGGUAACAAUGAUGAUGCAGCAGUUUGGGAUCAAGUUAAAUACAUUAAUAGUAAACACUUAAAAUGUCCUUACAUUUGUUUACAGUUACAUUGUGUUGUUUACUGCUUAUAAAAGCUAAAUAAGUAGGUGUUGAGUUACAGGCAGACCCUCAGCCUGGCUGAGCUGUGGUUGAAGUGUCAGUCAGAACCAGUGAGGGUCUCCUCAUGUUGGAAUAAAUUCUCACAGCGACCUCAUCUGUCAUUUCUGUCAUGCGCAAUGCAAACUGCAACCUCACCACCAUGGAAGUGGCCGCAGCGGACUCCAAAGACGGGACCGAGGGAGA